UGACGCAUAUAUAGCUGAGCCGAGCUGUGGGAAAGUCUGAGGUAAUCGUGUAGGUGACCAGAGCAGAGGCUGUGAUCCUUUAAGUGCUAUGAGCUGUACGAUCGAGAAGAUCCUGACAGACGCCAAGACACUGCUAGAGAGGCUGCGGGAACACGAUGCGGCCGCCGAGUCGCUGGUGGAUCAGUCUGCGGCUCUGCACCGACGGGUGGCAGCCAUGCGGGAGGCGGGGACAGCGCUUCCGGACCAGCAUCAAGAAGAUGCAUCCGACUUGAAGGAGAUGGCCAAAUAUAAACCUCACAUCCUGCUGUCCCAAGAGAACACACAAAUUAGAGACUUGCAACAGGAAAACAGAGAGCUGUGGGUUUCCUUGGAGGAGCACCAGGAUGCUUUGGAACUCAUCAUGAGCAAAUACCGGAAACAGAUGUUACAGUUGAUGGUUGCUAAAAAAGCAGUGGAUGCCGAACCAGUCCUGGAAGCUCACCAGUCUCACUGUGCAGAAAUUGAAAGUCAAAUUGACAGAAUCUGUGAAAUGGGAGAAGUGAUGAGAAAAGCUGUUCAGAUGGAUGAUGCCCAGUUUUGUAAAAUUCAGGAAAAACUAGCCCAAUUAGAGCUUGAAAAUAAGGAACUCCGAGAAUUAUUAUCCAUCAGCAGUGAGUCUCUUCAGGUCAGAAAGGAAAACUCAAUGGACACUGCUUCCCAACCCAUCAAAUAACUGAACUUCUGAGUGAUGCCUAGAGAUUGCCUAUUAAGGAAGGAAGUUCUUAUCUUUCCAUUUGAGUGUUGUCCUUUCAGUGUCUUGCUUCAGACUUGAUUUAGUGUUGCUUAAAGGUAUCAAGUGGCAGUAUAGAAUUCCUAGUCA